CGUCUGGUUUGGGCGAGGUGCUCGGGAAAUACUGGGACCACCACGGACUGAUCAGAAUGAAAUAUGAUGGAGAUGGAACUCCUUUACCUAAUUUGGCUAAGAAAAGUAAUUUACAUGAAUGGAAUGAAAUGGGAAAGCACUUUUUUGAAAGGCGACAAUAUGAACAAGCUAUUUUCUGUUUUGAAAAAGGUGAAAAUGAAGAGGGACGUAAACUUGCAAAUGCAUAUCUCCUUCGACAAGUUGCUAGGGACUCUAUACACGAUUCUGAUAAUGAUAUUAUAAAGUCAAAUUUUAUUGCAGCUGCAAAGAGUUUCAAAAAAUGUUCUCGACCAAUUCAAGCGGCUUCAUGCUAUCAAGACAUCGAAAUGCACAAGGAAGCAGGUGAUGUUUAUUAUGAAUGGAAUAUUUUUGAGUCUGCUGGAAAUUGUUACGUCAAAUGUAAGGAGUGGAAAAAGGCUGGUGAAUGUUAUGAAAAAUCCAAAAAAUAUGUAGAAGCAGUUAUUGCCUAUAAAAACGGUGGAUAUUAUGAUAUUGUAGUUGACUUAAUGCAAAG